CAGUUCCUGCUUGAUAUUUUAUAAUAGUUUCUGUUUUAUAUUCAAUAAGAAUUUCGAAUUUACCUGGUUUUAACGUUUAAAAUUUUCAUUAAUUAAUCAAAAACGAUGAAUUUUUGGCAUCUUAAAGUCCAAGAGUGUCGUUUAUAGCAGUUUGUCACAUUAUACAAAAGAUUAUACUUAGAUAUAUUUCAGUUGACUUUUAAUCUACCCCAUUAAACUAGAAUUUUUAAGGAAGAGAAUAUUAAGAAUUUUUGAAUUCUGUACCAUACACUUAUAUGCCGUAAACUAAGCUUACGUUGUCACCAUUUUGUUCUUUGGAGAAAAUCCCCAAAUUUACAAAACUAAUGCCAAAUGAGUAUAUGGAAAAAAGCCAGAAUUUUAAUAAAUAUAUAAACUUUAACAUGCAAUAACUCUCACAUAACCUAGAGCAUCCCUAAAAAACACAAAACAGAAAGUAGGGCAAGCUUAACGAAAGAAGACCAAGAAACAUCCAUACAAAAGUCUUUUAUUUAUAUUAAGCAAUAUAAUAAAUUAAUUAUAAAACUUUAUACAAGUUAAUAAAUUAUACAACCUAAUUUAUGCAGUAAGCAAAAAAUAAAAAAUAAAUAAAAAUAAGUGUAUUUAAUUUUUCAUUUUUGCAAACAAUUCACCUCAGUGUAGUGAAAGAUAAACACAGGGGAGAAAGUUUAGAAGAGUGAAAAACACGAUAAACAAACAAAUUAAUACUUUACCAAGCAUAAACUGACAUUGGGCCAUGGCAGAGAAGCAAAAUAAGUCAAAGUUUUUCCUAUUGGUCAACUAGAACGAAAUGUUUUUUUUUCUACCUAUUGCUUUAUUUAUUUAUUUUACAACGUACUUUGGGAGCGUUUUAUAUAGUUUCUAGGCGAAUAAUAAGAAACUGGUGACGCGUAUAAGUUUAAUGUACGAUAAAUGACGAUGAUGAUAGUUUAGUAACGGGCUUGAGGUUGCAUGGGAAAUGGUACAGGUUGAGUUGGAGUAGCAAAGUUAGAGUUGCGGGCAUAGUUACACACGCACACACACACACACACACACAGCCUGUGUAUGUGCUGGCUAUUGACAUAGGACUUAUCAAUGGACGAGUAACGUUUUUAAACGUAGGCUGUUCAAAUGGUAAAGCGUAAAAGAGCUGGUUCGUGCUCCGGACAUGAUGAAAAUCGUUCGGAAGAUGGCAUCAUGACAUCCGAUAUUCGUGGUAAUGAUGAUGUUAAGGUCAAUAGCGAACCCAAUCAGGCCGGACAAGAACUGUCUAGCAGUCAGUGUGUGAGUAACACUCGUAGUAGAACUCAGAACAGUACUAGAGUUACGAAUAUCGUACAGAAUACCGAUAACAGUAAAGAGGAGAGUGGUAUUUCGCCCGACAAGAUCAGUAGAAGCUGCACCCUGGGCCAGAGGACUAGCAACAGAAUAUCAAAGAGACCGAAAAGAGAUUCUAGCCCUCCUGCUACGCAAACACAGCUAGCAGCUAAAAAGAAUGUUUCAAAACAAACAAUUCAACAAGAUCAGCUUAAAACAAGAAGAACAUGGGAAUUGUGGAGUGUUGAAGAUAAAAAUGCAUUUUUUGAAGCUCUCUGUGAACUUGUACAAGCACUACAGAUACAUUUUCAGAUAAUGUUGCAUACCGUAUUGACAUGUCUGAGUGAAAAAAAUAGACAGCAAUUAAAUGAGCUUGUUUUUAAUGGAGUUACUUUUAUCAAAUACAGAGGGAAAAAAUUGAGAAUCAAAACACCUGUUUGCAGAGCAUUAAAAAAGUUAAACAAUGUUGAAGAUACCAAAGAGCCAGAAAUUCAGAAGAUGCCAAAAGAAGUUGUUGUAGAGUUUAGGCCUCACAAUAAUGCAGCUUGGUUGCAUGUUCAAAGUUUGGCUCAAAAUCCAAGAGUUCGUGCAAAACUCAGUUUACAGAGACAUCUGAAAACUGUUUUCGAAUAUUUACAAAAGAGAUGGAAACCGUAUAGAUUAAGACAGAAAGAGCAAAUUUUGUCAGGCGUUACAAAUUCGUCAGUAUUGACAAGUACAGAACAGAUGCCGUUAUUACAUAUUAGGCCUAGGCAAAAUGCCAACAUCUCUUUUGUUAAAAUUUCACCAUCAGAUGUGACUACAAGUGGUGAUGUUUGUCUUGAAAAUUAUAAAAAGAAUAUUGCAGUUGAUAAUGUAGGAGAAAAAGAAUCAUUAAAGAAAAAUAAAACACCAGGAAGAUUAAAAAAUAAGUCAGAUUUAAAAUUAGCAUCUUUGCCUGUAAAUAAAGAACACAUUAAAACGAACAAUUCAGAUAAAACUGUAAAAUUAGAUAAAUCAAAUGAAGAAGAAAAACCUGGUAUUUAUAAUACAAAUAAUAAUGUUCCAGAGAAAAAUGCACAAGAAGAAAAUCCUGCAUUUGAGGCACAACGGUCAUUAAAUUUGUUGAAGGGAAUGUUAAAUUCAAUGAAUGAGAAUUCCUCUGUGAAAAACUGUAAUGAACAGGUAUCUCAUAAUGAAGAUGGCAAUAAUAUUAAGAUAAGUGAAGCAAUAGAUAAAAACUGUAAAAGUAUUGAACAAAUUUAUCUAAAUGCUCAAAAAGAUGCCAACAAUUUGACUCUUGGUCAAUUACUUAGUUUGGCUUCAUCCAAUAAAACAGAGGAGAGUGUAGAAGAAAAGGAAGACAAAAUGGCAGCUACGAGUGAAAGCGACAUACCUGUAAAUAACAUCAAUCAUGUACCAAAGAAUCAAAACCAUUGUGAUGCAAAUAAUAUAUUGACUGAAGAAAAGAUUGACAUGAUUCGCAAAGGUUGGACUGAACAAACAAUAGGGAUGCUAACUGUAGGAGAAUUAUAUUUAAUGGGAUGCUUAAAUUCCUUAUUUUUGGAGUUGACAGUAUACAUUCAACAUUCAACAUUUUCUGGAUCAAACAGCAUUAAACCAAAUUUCCAUCUAAUUCAUUGAAAUAUUUGUAUUAUUCCAUGGAUUUUUUCCAGUUACUAUUCUGAAUGGAAACUAAAUCUUAUACAUAAUCUACAGGUUGCAUUUGUUCAUUAAGUUUAAAAGUUUACUUGAUUCUAAACUUUUUAAA